CUUCGGCUGCACCUGCGUGCACUGCGUGUCAUUCGGCUUGACUUUUAACUAACGCACGUCCGUGUCAUUCACGAGGACUUGAAGACAAUGUUUGACCGAAAGAAACGGAAUAGUUUGACGUUGAACUGCAACGCUGAGGCGGAGGAGUUCAGACGGGUGGCGGUCCGGCGGAAGGUGAAAGGUGCCGCUGAACACACAGUAGUGACCAGCGGAGUGUGUGGAUCGUACAGCUGCGACCCUGCAUGUGACAGGAUCGGUGCAUCAAUACCGAACCCCAGUCAUGCUGCAGGGAAAAUUGAGAGAGUAAACGCAACAAGGAGAUCACCAAACAAACCUCAAGUUCCUCCUAAACCAGCUCACCUCCAGAGUCCACUGAGGGGAGAUAGCAGCCCCACUUCGGGAAAAUUCCAGUCUCAGCCAGUUAAAGGAGCCAAAGACCAGAAUCAGAGUCCUGCUUGUGACGUUUCUGUCCUCAUUGUACAUCCAACUCCGAACGGUCACGGCUCGCCCAGUCCUAUCAGAGAGAGGAGCCGUGUAGCUGGAUCUCAGAUCAGCCCGGGCUCGCUGUCCCAGGGGGUGCCCUGUCGAGUGAGCAGUCCAGUGUUAGGGUCCCCCAGUCCGGGGAGAAGAAGCCUUCCUGGUCGCUGUCCAGGGAAAGAGGAAGGAUUCACUCCUGUGAAGCUCUCACCACGGAACCGUAGUCCCCUGGCUGGAAUACUGCGGACCCCCAGUCCAGUUCAGCCCAAGCACCGGUUCUACAGCCCUGCCAAGAAGUCCAAGUCUUGGCUGGGUAUGCACAGCAAAAUGGAUGGACAAGAGAAGAAAGUCGGGAAAUCCCUGAGUGUGCCCAACCUGAUUCAUUACUGCAAUGAGAGCGGAAUUUCCUCAGAUGACCGUUCUCCUUUAAAGCCUCUGCAGUUGCUCAACUGUGGAACCAACAAAAGUCACCCAAAACUUCAACAAGCCCUGAGCGAAGAGAUUCCUCACCUCUCCAUCACCAGCUCCCAGCUCUCGCCGGGUCAGAUGAAUGGCAUCACGCCUGGAGUGGAUGCCAGAGCUGAGAUUGUUCCCGUGUUGUUCUGUCCUUCGACGGGGGCCCCUCUGGAAUAUGGCAGGAUUCCCAAAGGCGGAGACACUGAUGUUGAGAUGGGGAGCAAAAACGAUGAAAAGGAUGAGAAGAAAAGAGCCGAGCAGAAGCUUUUCCAAAUCGCCACCGAGCUUCUGCAGACAGAGAGGGCAUAUGUGACUCGGCUCCACCUGCUGGACCGGGUUUUCUGCGCCCGUCUGACAGAAGAAGCAGGACGAGGGUCCUUCCCUCCCGAAGUGAUCAAGAACAUCUUCUCCAACAUUUCCUCCAUCUUCUCCUUUCACAGUCAGUUUGUGCUGCCCGACCUGGAGAAGUGCAUCAGCAGCUGGUGUGAGAGUCCAGGUUUAGGAAAUGUUCUACUCCGCCACGCUCCUUUCCUCAGGAUGUAUGCUGACUAUGUGAGCAACUUUGACCAGGCAAUGGAGCUGGUGAGGACGUGGACGGAACGCUCCUCCGCCUUCCGCAAUGUUGUUCGGGACAUACAGAGUCAGGAGGUGUGUGGAAAUCUGUCGCUGCAGCAUCACAUGCUGGAGCCCAUCCAGAGAGUCCCCCGCUACGAGCUCCUCCUCAGGGACUAUCUCAAAGUGCUGCCCAAGGAUAAUGCAGACUACCAGCUCGCUCAGAAGUCGUUGCAGACCAUCUCCAUGGCUGCCACGCACUCGAACAGCGCCAUCCACAGAGCUGAGGGAUUGAAGCGUCUGCUAGAGAUCUAUGAGAUGGUGGGAGAAGAGGAAGUAGUCAAUCCCACCAAUGAGUUUCUGAAGGAGGGUCGUCUGCUGAAGCUAGCAGCUCGAAACACGUCGGCCAUGGAGAGACACCUCUUCCUGUUCAACAACUUCCUGCUCUGCUGCUCCCCAAAGUUCUGCCUUGUGGGUCAGCGCUUCACAGUGCGCAGCAGGAUCGGAGUGGACAGCAUGCAGGUUCAGCCAACCACCAAUGAGGAUCACGCACACACAUUCCAGGUGUCUGGGAAGGAGAAGACUCUGGAACUGCAGGCCAGUUCGGAGCAAGAACGAGACGAGUGGAUUAAGAUGAUUCGGGAAGCCAUCAGUGUAUUCCAGAAGAAAAAUGAGACGUUUAAGUUGGCAUCUAAAGAGUUCAACGUGGAGCAGCCGGUGGAGGAGCUGGGGAAACGAGCGCCGCGUUGGAUCCGGGAUAAUGAGGUCACAUUGUGCAUGAAAUGCCAGGAGCCAUUCAAUGCGCUGACCAGACGACGACACCACUGCCGGGCCUGCGGCUGCGUGGUGUGCUGGAAGUGCUCAGACUACAAAGUGGCUCUGGAGUACGACGGGAAUAAGCUGAACAAAGUCUGUAAAUCUUGUUUCUCCACCCUGACUGGACAGAGAGGGGAGAGAGCGGAGGGCAAGAAGAGGAGAACACAGGAGUUGGAGACUCCCCCAGUGUUGGGCGAUGCUGUAUUUAGUGGCUUCCUCCUUUACGGCUACAAUCCAAAGACUUUGCAGCGUCUUUGGUGUGUUCUGACACGAACCGAGCCGCCGACUCUCUGCCUCUACUCGGCUUCACAGGACGUGAAGCCGUUCUCCAUCAUCUCCCUGUUGGAAUGCAGUGUUCAGGAUUGCCCCCCUGAGCUCUCAGGUCAGUCCAGCUUCACCCUCAGAGAUUCCUCAUCCACACACUCCUUCACCUGCGACACCUCGGAACUCAGACACCACUGGCUCACGCUUCUCAAAGACUCAAUGAACGGUGGCUGUCACAAAGCCUUCGUCAAUGGAAACAGCUGAACAUUGACAACAAAAGCAAACUUUUAUCUUUCACUCUUCUUGCACUUUAAUUGUGAAACGGUUUACAGUGUAAUAAAUAAAUGUUUUAACUUGAGUCGGACGAUCCAUUUCGACAGGGGUUGUGAGAUUAAGGUGCAUGGAUGUCGGGAAAGAAAAGACGGUUUGACACAAAAGAAGUUUUGUGGGUUCUUGGUCGUCUUUAGAAAACACAUUCACUGGAUCCCACUUCUGCACAAACAGUGAAAUAUUUACAAAUCAAUAUCACAACAGAAACAGCUGGAUAUAAACGGAGUCACGUAGUGUUUCAGGCACCUUUUGGCCCGCUAACACCUUCACAUCUGAUGAGUGUGAUAUGUUUGAGUUGGAGCUUUGUAACAGAACUACUGUCCAGUCUCUUAAAAGCGGACGUCCCACUAAACACAAUGGAAAACAAAACAGGGCUGGCACUGGUCACGUUCGCAGUCAGAACCUUCUGUCCCUUUCUGCGUCAGCGCCCUGCCACAUCUGCUUCAUCAGUUGCGUGAAUAAGAGGUCUCCGACUUCUGAGUCACCUUCCGUAACUCGCAAUGUAGCAGACUUCAGCGACAGACUGGGAGAGGAUCGGUGGUGUCCUUCAGCUGCAGCACAGCUGCUCGGACACCAUCAGUGUGUCAUAUCCAUAAAUGUCCAGCAGGUGGAGCAAGAAGAGCCUGUCGCCAUGAGGGUCCAGGCCCAUGGCCCUCACGCUC